AUGUCACGAUCGCAAUUAAGACGGACCGUAAGCAUUACAGAUCUACGCUUUACCCUGAGACGCGUCUUCGGCAAGGCCGCAUUCCGACCACUCCAGGAAGAGAUCAUUACUGCUGUGCUGGCUGGACAUGAUGUGUUUCUCUGCGCAGCCACAUCCUUUGGCAAGUCACUAUGCUACCAGUUACCUGCUGUUGUGUCUCUCGGAGUCACUGUCAUCAUUUCACCCCUCCUAGCGUUGAUGGAAAACCAGGUCCAAGCAGCUAAGUCAUUGGGUAUCGCUGUCCAGCGUAUCAAUGGCAAGACUGAAUGGUCUGAAAAAGUCCGAAUCGAGACGGACCUCCUCUGCGGACAUCCAGAAACCAAGCUUCUCUACGUCACCCCGGAGCUUUGCGCACAGGACCGGUUUCGAAAGCUCAUCUUGAAAGUCCAUCGCCAGGGUCAACUUGUGCGAAUUGCUGUGGACGAGGCACAUUGCAUCAGUGAAUGGGGACAUGAUUUUCGUCCGUGUUACAAAGAGCUGGUAUGGCUGAAGACGAACCUCACCUGUCCCACCGUACCCAUGAUGGCGGUGACUGCGACUGCUACAAAACAAGUGCGAGAAGACAUUUUCAAAUUUCUAAGCCUUGAUAUUGACAAAACGAAAUGCUUCUCCACUUCCACUGCACGGCCAAACAUUCAUUAUGAGAUUCAAUACUUCUCAGAGUCGAACCCAAAGAAUGGACAGGAUGACAUGUUUCCAUACCUUCUAGCAAAAUUGGACUUCAUGCAUCGGAGACGGCUAAUAAGGCUCAGAUAUCAGAAAGAGCAGCACGCGACAGCUACUGUGCCUCCGAUCACUGGCAUUAUCUAUGUCCCGCUUCGUGCUACAGCAGACACUCUCGCCUCAGAGCUGACUGCCGCGGGAGUUCGAUCAUGCGCUUACCACGCCGGUUUAGAUAUGGAAAAACGGGAGAAAGUACAGAGGACAUUUAUCAGAUAUGCCACUUCAAAUCCCCAUCUACUGCAAGUCGAUGACGACCAAAGUAUGAUGAGCUCUUUCAACAUCAUCUGUGCCACCACAGCUUUUGGCAUGGGUAUCGAUGUCCCCACUAUUCGGUUUGUGAUUCACUACGGUCUUCCGAGGGGCAUGGAGUCAUUCACACAAGAGUCAGGACGUGCCGGACGGGACAACAAAGCAGCAUCAAGCAUAAUAAUGUACACUCGAGAAGACAAAGAGCGGUGCGAGUAUCGCGCCACAUGCGAGGCAGCCAAGGACAAAAGCCGGGCCAAGACUGAAUCAAGAUUUGAGUCGCUCCGCAGCAUAGUCGAAUUCUGUGAGAAUACGGACUGCUGUCGUCACAUACUGGUCUCUCGAUAUUUCGGAGACAAGAGUGGCUCGGCGGAGUGCCACCUUGCAUGCGACGUGUGCAAGGAAGGGCCGGCCAAGUUAAAGAAACGCAAGGAAAAGGGCCUGGCAACGGAAGCAGAAGCGAUGGAAUUUACACAGAGGGAACCGAUUUUAGAUUACGAGUCCGAAUAA